AUGAGGUAUGGUUGCCCAUCACACCGACUAGAAAUCGUCAUUCGUCAAGUGUCCAAGACAGUACGCAUUGAAGCAGAUUUUGUAUACAUCCCUAAUAUUAUGUUAAUGAGCUUUAUGGAUUCUUCAACCCACACCACUGAAACUUACUUUGUUCGAGAAUUACAAGGAUUUGAUAUGGGUCGACUGGAAGAGAUCUAUCGACUAGAGAAGCUUCUGUUGCAUGGAGAAGUGACAGUUGAGAGUGCCUUGGAAUACAUAGAUACUGUGAUGAACAAACCAGAAUUCUAUCCAAAAUGGGCCAUGCUUUUGUCUUAUGCUGCAGGCGGCUUUGCAUCAGCUGUUCUGUUUUUUGGAGGCAGCUGGAAGGAUGGUGGUUUAGCAGCAGGCCUCAGCUUUAUAUUAUCCAUCUACGAAAUUUUUGCCACUUACGUGGUUGGCCUGGGUCCAUUGUUCGAAAUUACCAUCGCGAUUUUUAUCGGAUUCACUGCAAAAGGUAAACCCGAAAACGAUGCUGCUACCCACGGCGGCUUCUGUUUUGUGCCAUCUUCAUUUGGAAGCGUCAUUAUGCUGCUCCCUGGUUGGACCAUGACAAGUGCUAUAAUUGAAGUGGCAAGUCGAAGUUGGAUUAGCGGCAUUAUUCGUAUGGUAUAUGCUAUACUGUAUGCGUUUCUAUUAGGCUAUGGCUUAAGCUUGGGUGAAGAAAUAUAUGUUACUGUGGAUCACAGCGUCAGUAUUAAGAAUCCUGACGUUUGCCCAGGCGCUCCUAGCCAGUGGUUCAAUUUCCUGCUUGUACCUCUCUUUUCAAUUACCUAUUGCGUCUAUCUACGCGCAAUGCCUCGACGCUACUUGCUUAUGAGUACAGUAGCUUGUGCAGGAUAUGCCACGUCAUUUGCCUUAAGCAAUUGGGUGAAAACUUCACAGCAAGUUGUUCAGCUUGUACCUGCAUUUGUAGUAGGCUUUCUUGGUAACGGUUGGACAAAAUGGAGGAAGGAAUGGUCUUUCGAUGCUUUGCUCUUGGGCUCCUUUUUCCUUUUACCAGGGAGCAUUGGAUUAAGAAGUGGUUUAGCAGUAUUCAGUGAGCCUGAUACCGGACAAGGAUUGAGCCUGGCUAUGUCUAUGAUUCAAGCAGCCAUGGGAAUCACAGUGGGACUUUUCCUUUCCACUUUGUGUUUCUAUCCCCGUGGAACACAGCACUCACCACUGAUGAGUUUCUGA